AUGGGCCGAUGUAAAACGAAUGCUCCAAAAGACGUGGUGAAAUCCGAAAAGUCAUCUGAAACAGGCAUCGCACCGAAGUUCCAAAAUCAGAAAUACAUUAUUCCACCGCUGUUUCACAAUAAAUGGAGCGACAAGAAUGCGGAUCGGACACUUCUGAACGACACGAUCAUUGAGUUCUACAUGUGCGAGUACAUGCGAUUGAAAGUAUACGACGAAAAUGCACGAGCUCGAUAUCACUUGUUCCACACAUUCUUCUACUCAAGGCUUCGGGUGAAUUUUGGACAAUAUUUCAAAGAAGGUCCGCCGCGACGAUCAGAGUUUGCCAUUCAUUACAAUAGAAUGUUUCAACAAAAAGUAAAACCAUCUGCUAUUCUGCAGAAAGAAAUACUUGUUAUUCCGGUACAUAAUAACAAACCGAAACACUGGUUCCUCGUUCUUGUUCACAACCCCUCUGGCGCCAUACGCCGUCGCAUAGUUGACUCGAAAGAAGUAAAAAGCGGUAAUCGAAGGAGUUUACUGACGAAACAAAUUGCUGAGUACGCUCGAUUCGAAGAGGCUGGCGAAUGUCGAGUUGUUAUUAUGGAUAGUCUACUAAAUAGUAAAAAGUAUCAAUCAGAUCUAUCCAAAGCGCACUCUCAUGCAUUCGAUUAUAUCCGUCUUUGGUUACAGAUGGCGGCGUCAGCCUGCGACGAAGAGCUCAUGAGUAGUAGAGUCAGAAAAGUGGUAUGCGAAUCACUUCCAAAGCAGCAUAACGACGUUGAUUGUGGAGUUUAUAUGCUCGCGUACGCAGAGUAUUUCACUUGGUUCAAUACUGAGUGGAUGAAGACUCCUACCGAAUCACUCGCAUAUCUGAAAAUGGAAGAUGAUCUAAAAUCAUUGUUGAACACAGAAGAGCCACGUCUCCGACUCGAUAAACUCUUUCAAAAAAUGAAAGAUCCGCACCCGCUCAAAGAAGGUGCUCUGUAA